GAGCCUUCUCACGCCGCCCGCUUCCCUGCCCGUCCAGCCCCGACCAUGCCCGCGGGCGUGCCCUGGGCCGCCUACCUGAAAAUGUUCGCCGCCAGCCUGCUGGCCAUGUGCGCCGGCGCCGAGGCGGUGCACAGGUACUACCGGCCCGACCUGACAAUACCUGAAAUUCCACCAAAGCGUGGAGAACUCAAAACAGAGCUUUUGGGACUGAAAGAGAGACAACACAAACCUCAAAUUUCUCAGGAGAAGAAACCUCAAGAUACAACUCUGCCAAGAACUCUGUGAAUAGUAUUUUAAGUCUUAAAUAUGUAUUUUUAAAAUUUUUUGAGUCAAAGUAUUUGUUCUUAAGCUCCUAAUACAUUGCUAACUGCAGGGAAGGUGCUCAGUAGAUAUUAACUGAUGCACUGAGGAUUAGUUAUGGUUUGACCAGUGUUUCUUGAAAACUGCCAAAGCUUGUAUCGUCACCUUCCCAAAUGUGGUUUGAUAGAUAUUUAGUCUUGAAAAUCAUGUGAAAUAGAGUAUUUGCACUGACUCCUGCCCUUAUAAUUCUGGUUUAUUUCUCUGAAUAAGCUUGAUUAUAAUGGCAAAUGGAAAUUAUAAAAAACUGUAAUAAAAGUGACAUUGACAAUGAAUGCUUAUGGUAUGAAGUUAAUAUUUCUCUAAAUAUAGGAAAGUACUAUUUGUACUAAACUGAAUUAAAUUGAAAUAUUUAAAGUUUGAAUUCUUUUGGAAUUGUGUACAUAACAAAAUUAUAACAAUUGUGACUUGGACUGUCACAACGUCUUUACCCCAAAUUUGAGAAAUCAUGUUGGCAUUUAAUUUUUCUUAUAAAACAUAUUUAUAAAUAACUGAUAAAUGAGUAUUAUAAUGGGUUGAAUUGU